UGGAUCCACCUUUAAAAAAAAAAAAGAAGAAGAAGAACGGAGGCGGUGACGCAGCAGCAGAAGUAAACACGAACAAGAUGGCGGACAGCGAUGCCCGUCCAGGCUCGGGGCCACCAGUAGACUUGGAUGUUCUGAAGCUGUCGGACUUACUGGAGAGCGGUUGGAAAAUAUUUGAGGAGGUGGACAGAACCAACGAGCCCGUCGCCUCCACCAGCGUCCAAGAAAGCGUAAGAAGCGGGAUUCGGAUGCUGGAGGACGCGUCCAGGAUGGUCGCUCAGCUAGCCCUGUUCAGCCGGAAUGAGGACUUGGAGGAGGUCGCUACGGCAGACCUGAAGUACCUGCUGCUUCCCGCCUUGUUAGGAGCCCUCCACAUGAAGAGGACCAGCCGGGAGAAACGGCUAGAGGCAGUCCAGGCUGCCCGGGUGUACUACAUGGACUUCCUCCAGAGGUGCCGUGAUUACAACGUAUCCCAGUUCGAGAUGCCUCAUAAGUCCUCUUCCAGUCCGGAAGAAGUGUCGGCACCCGGGUCCUCUAACGCCACGCCAGUUCCUGCAGGCCCAUCAGAUCUGGUUUCUAUGGCAGCCAGGAGACAAUCUAAAAUUGAGCGGUAUCGACAGAGGAAAGAGCUGGAGGCCAAGUUGUCAGAAGUACGGAGGGUUGUGGACAGUGGACAGGCCGAUGAUGAAGUCAGCAGAGAUUUCUAUCUUCUAAACAUCCGGCGAUGGGUCACUCUGUGUCUGGAGGAAAUGGAGAGCAUGGACCAGGAGUUGGAGAUACUCAGAAACACUGAUCUUCUGAAGCAGGGUCCUCCCAGUCAGCCAUCCAGACGUCCCAUGAAGCCCUUCAUCCUCACCAAGGACUCUGUACAGGCUCAGGUGUUUGGAGCUGGUUACCCGAGCCUUCCCACCAUGACGGUGAACGACUGGUAUGAGCAGCACGCCAAGCAUGGAGUUCUUCCUGACAUGGGUCUACCCCGGAGGGCUGCCGCGAAGGACAGCCCUGACGCAGAGGAGAGGGACAAGGAGGAAGAGGAGAAAAAGAGUGAAAACGACGACGAGGAGUCUCUUCUAAAAGCCAGAAAUUGGGAUGAUUGGAAGGAUUCUCACCGCCGAGGUUACGGGAACCGCCAGAACAUGGGCUAGCUGAUCCACCUACACACAUGGUGUUGUAACAUACUUCUGAAUGUGAACAUUCCUCAGCUUGUCCAACUGUGAGGACAUCCUUUAAGUCCCUGAAGCUCCAGGACAGUCGGUCGUGUUCACAGUCCCAUCACCUGCUGAAGGAGGGCGCUGGUGUGAAGCUGUUUCUCUCUGUUAACAACACGAGUUAAAGUUUGAAGAAACUAUUAAAAAACAAGGCAAAUGUUG